AUGAGACCUCCAAAGAAGUUCACUUCACCAAAGUUCACUUCGUACGAUGGGAAAUCGAACCCUCUGACACAUAUCAGCCAUUUUAGACAGAUGAUGUCCCUAUGGAGCCGAGAUGAGGCACUGAUGUGCACAGUCUUCCCAUCUAGCUUGGGAGAAACUAGACUCCGAUGGUUCGAUCGACUCCCCGUUGGAUCGAUUCAUGGCUGGAAGCAGUUCUCCGAAGAGUUCCUAGCUAGGUUCGUCUCCAAUACUAAGAUCCCGAAAGAGCCGGAUACGCUGUUCGGCCUCAGGAAGGAGCAAGAAGAAACGCUGCACAAUUACACUAGGAGAUACUGGGAAGAGUAUAACGAUCUGGAAGAAAAUGUGUGCAGCGAGCAGAUGGCCGUCAUGUCCUUCAAACAUGGUCUGUGCCCGGAAAGUAAGUUGAGACAAUCACUUACCAAGCACCCGGCCACAGCUUUGAAAGACUUGUGCGCUAGGAUUGAGCAGUAUGCUCGUCUCGAAGACGAUCAGAUCCCCAUCGAGGUAGUGUCAGCAGAACAAGCAACCCGGUAG